AUGAUUUUUUCGAAUUUAAUUGCAUCAUUAUGUUUAAAUCGUAUUUUACUUCAUAAAAUCGACCCAAUUUUUCGUUUUUUUUCGCUUAAUUUUCAGAAUUAUCGAGAGGAAACGGAUUUUUGGGCGAAUGAAGCCGUUUCAUAUAUGUUUUCGAUGAAAACGAUAAUGUUAAUAAGCUUUACAUGGUUUUGUCCUUUUCCGGGCCGCAGUGAGCACGAACACAUUGGAGAGUUCGAGAUCGUCCAGAGAGAGCCACACAAUGCAUGGAAGCCCGAGAAUCACACCAAUCACAACCGGAACAACAAGGCUCACCGUAAUGGGAUCACGAAGCCGAAGAAGCACAUCUUCCUCUCCAUAGAAGGAAGUCGACGCCAAGUUCAUCAAGAACCUCCGUUUCGAGAUUGAGCGACGUCGGCGAGCUGGACAUUGUUGAUGCGUAUUUGGGAUUGUUCGCAAUAAAUUGGCAAGAGGAGAAAGUUGUGAAAAUCCUCGGAGCUGGAGAACUGCCUGCAAACAACAAAAAUGCUGCUCCAAUCAAAUAUUUGAAUGAUUUGGAUAUUCUUCUCGAUGGAAGAAUCAUUUUCGCCGAAUCAUCAACAAAAUUCGAUGAUCGUGAUUCCAUUCUGGAUCUCUUCGAGCAUCGUCCAAAUGGUCGUCUUUUAAUUUAUGAUCCAAGAAAGAAAGAUUUGAGAAAAGAACAACAAACGUCAGAUCAACAAGCCCGUCGAGUCACUACGUAA